AUGGACAGGGCAAGGCGGCAGCGUGCGCUCACCCUCCUCCCCAUCUGCCUCGCCCUCGCCUUCUCCCUCAUUGCUGUGGGCAGCAGCUACUGGUGUGAAGGCACCCGGCAGGUGACAAAGCCUCUGUGUCAGGACCAGCCCGGAGGGCCACACUGCAUUCACUUCAGAAGUGACGGUGGGGACAACGGAAGUCAAGCUGUCCAGUACAUUUGGGAGAUGGGGGCUGACAAGUUCAUCCAAUGCAGGGUCCACGUGGGGCUCUGGCAGUCCUGUGAGGAGAACCUCAACAGCGCAGGUGAAAAGUGUAGGAGUUUCCAGAGUGUAAUACCAGCAGAAGAACAAGGGGUUUUCUGGCUGUCUGUAGGGGCUGAGGUCUUGGAUAUCCUUCUAAUACUGACGAGCGCCAUCCUCCUGGGCUCCCGAGUGACGUAUCACAGCGCUGGGUUCAACUGGGUCAAGGUGGAUGCCUCAGUAGCCAUCCUCAUGGUGCUUGCAGGGCUCCUUGGCAUGGUGGCCCACAUGAUGUACACGACCAUCUUUCAAAUCACUGUGAAUCUUGGACCAGAAGACUGGAAGCCUCAGACUUGGGACUAUGGCUGGUCAUACUGCCUGGCCUGGGGUUCUUUUGCCCUCUGCAUGGGCGUGUCUGUGACGGCCAUGAGCAGGUACACGGCAGCCCACCUGGGAUUCUCCGAGCAGCAGAGCGCACAGAAGGGCAGUCAGAACCCACAACAGGACUUCGCAGAGCCUGAGUCUUCGAAGGGCGCUUGGGAAACAGGAGCUGCUCCCGGCUCUGUGGGACAAGCACUUGGGAAGGUUUCUAGGCACCUGCCACCAGGUGCCCCAGGCAAGGUGUCCAUGUGUUAG